CCGUCCUCUGCGGCACAGCGACGCGCGCCCCCGCCGCAGCUAGUCCGCUACCCAAGCGGGCGUUGGCGGGAGGCAGGACAGCGAGCCGAAGGCGACCCUUUGGGCGCUGAAGGCUGGGGACCCCUAGUUUCGGCGGCGGCAGAGGCUAGGCCAAAAGCGCGCGAGGAGCGAGGAGCGCGGCGCAAUCAUGUCGGACAGCGACGAGCAGGUGUGCCCGCUGUGCUGCGAGGAGCUGGACAUCUCGGACCAGAACUUCCUGCCGUGCAAAUGUGGCUACCAGGCGAGACGCGGCGUCCGACGAGAAAACAGCUGGCGAACUAAUUUGUGUUCGGGUCGCCGCGCGCGCGCGCGACGCGGCCGGCACGAGCAGCGCGACGCCCGGCGCGCCCCGGGCCGGGCUCCGGGGCUGCUGAGAGCGCCCCCGGACGCGCCGAGGCUGUCGUCGACGCGACCGCGAGAGAGCGCGAGAGAGCACCGCCCAACGCUGACAAACUCACCACGCGACACGCAGGUCUGCAUGUGGUGCUGGCACCACAUCAAGGAGAAUUUGAAUAAUCUCUGCCCGGCUUGUAGGAAUCCGUACCACGACAACCCGCACGCCUUCAGUGCCGUAGAAAAGGAAGAAAUCAUGCGGAACAAGCGCGAGAUGAAGCUGCGCGAGAAGGAGAAGAAGGAAAGAAACAAGGAGAAGCGCGAGGCCAUCGUCGCGGCGACGGGCGUCCAGCGCAUUCCGCUGCCGUCGGAGCAUCCUCUGACGCUGCGCCGGAACCGGGCCGGGAGCGAUAGUGAGAACGCGCCGAAUCGCCAGCAGCGCCGGGCCGAGGCUAAACGCAAUGCGGAGCUCUUGGAGGAGCAGCAGCGGCAGCAGGCCAUUGCGGCGUCGCUGCGGGACCAGGAGCAGCAGAAGCGGCCGGAGGGCCGGCCGCCGCGCGCUCCUACCCAGUCCUACGGGUACGGGUCUUCGACAGACAACCUCCAGUCUCUCGGCGGCGAGUACGGCUUCGGCAGAGGGGGCUCGACGGGUCUAGAUUCGCUGUUGGGCGGGACGCGCCAGCCGGCGCCGGCGCCGCCGCCACCUCCCCAACAGUCGAGGCAGCCGCCGUUAGAUGUGGCUGGUUUGUGGAACGCGCCGGCGCCGGCGCCGCCAUCGAACGGCCACCGCCCCGCGUUUCGGCUGGACGCGUCGCCCGUCGCCGGCGCCGGCUUCUUCGACUCCGGGAGCAUCUGGUCUACCAAUUAUUCCGCGGCGGGCGACGGCUGGGGCGCGCCGGCGCCCUCGGCGCCUUCUGGUUCCAAUGGUUUUGGCGGCGGCGGCCUCUACGCGCCGGCGCCCGAGUCGUCGGACGCCUAUGCUGCCGAUUCGUUGGCGGCGGACACGGCAGCUCUCAACUUGCUGUCCGUGGGGUAUGGCGAUGCUGAUAGACGCCGCUAUGCCCCUAGGCAGCAGGGCUACGGCGGCUACUAGACUGCGCUCGCCCUCGAGCGCGGCGACACUUUUCUGGGGGGCUCCUGUGAGCCUGGAAAAACGGCCUCGCUACAAAACGGCGCAUGUGACAUACGUGCCGAGCGAACGCCGGUCGCCGCCGCCCGGGCGGGGCCCACGCGGUCACCUAUAAAUACGAUUCAUCUCUUCUAGUCUUGGUGUGUUGUCGCGGCGAUGGCGUGAUCCUAGACGGUGCGCGAGAGAACGAGUACCACUGGCACAAACUUGAAAAG